UUCUUUGCUAAAUUUACCUUUAUUCCCAGGUAUGAGAAAGAAGGGAAACUGUCUGAAUUAGCUAGCGUAGACAUUUUUGUGAGUACAGUGGAUCCAAUGAAAGAACCUCCACUGAUUACUGCAAACACUGUUCUGUCCAUCCUUGCUGUUGAUUAUCCUGUUGAUAAAGUUGCAUGCUAUGUAUCAGAUGAUGGUGCUGCCAUGCUCACAUUUGAGGCUCUCUCUGAGACAUCUGAAUUUGCUAGGAAAUGGGUUCCUUUCUGUAAAAAAUUCAAUAUUGAGCGCCGUGCUCCAGAGUGGUAUUUUACUCAGAAGAUAGACUAUCUAAAAGACAAAGUCCAUCCAACUUUUGUUAGGGAAAGGCGAGCGAUGAAGAGAGAGUAUGAAGAAUUUAAAGUUAGGAUAAAUGGAUUGGUUGCCACAGCACAGAAGGUUCCAGAAGAUGGUUGGACAAUGCAGGAUGGAACUCCUUGGCCUGGAAACAGUGUUCGUGACCAUCCUGGAAUGAUUCAGGUUUUCCUAGGUCAUAGUGGUGUUCGUGAUGUGGAGGGAAAUGAGCUACCUUGCCUAGUUUAUGUCUCUCGUGAGAAGAGACCAGGGUUUGAACAUCAUAAAAAGGCUGGGGCCAUGAAUGCUUUGAUACGAGUCUCUGCAGUUCUCUCAAAUGCUCCUUAUCUUCUGAACGUUGACUGUGAUCACUAUAUUAACAAUAGCAAAGCACUUUGAGAAGCCAUGUGUUUCCUGAUGGAUCCAAUAUCAGGGAAGAAAGUUUGCUAUGUACAGUUUCCUCAAAGAUUUGAUGGAAUUGAUCGUCAUGAUAGAUACUCAAAUCGAAAUGUUGUGUUCUUUGAUAUCAACAUGAAAGGAUUAGAUGGCAUACAAGGACCGAUAUAUGUUGGAACAGGGUGUGUUUUCAGAAGGCAAGCACUUUAUGGUUAUGAUGCGCCAGUUACCAAGAAGCCUCCUGGCAAGACCUGCAAUCGUUUACCGAAAUGGUGCUGCUGUCUCUGCUGUUGUUCUAGAAAGAACAAGAAAACGAAGCAAAAGAAGACAGUGAAGAAAUCUAAGCAAAGGGAAGCUUCAAAGCAGAUACACGCUCUUGAAAACAUUGAAGAAGGAAUUUCAGACUCCAUCUCUCAGAAGUCAUCUGAGGCAUCACAGAUGAAACUGGAGAAGAAAUUUGGUCAAUCUCCUGUUUUUGUGGCUUCCACUCUUCUAGAGAAUGGUGGAGGCCCUCGAAAUGCAAUCCCUUCAUCAUUACUGAGCGAAGCGAUCCAAGUCAUAAGUUGCGGUUAUGAAGAUAAAACAGAAUGGGGGAAGGAAGUUGGCUGGAUAUAUGGCUCUGUGACUGAGGAUAUCCUGACUGGCUUCAAGAUGCAUUGUCAUGGUUGGCGAUCUGUGUACUGUAUGCCUAAACAACCUGCUUUUAAGGGUUCAGCUCCUAUUAAUCUCUCAGAUCGUCUACACCAAGUUCUGCGAUGGGCUCUUGGAUCUGUUGAAAUUUUCUUGAGCAGACACUGUCCCAUUUGGUAUGGAUAUGGGGGUGGGAUGAAAUGGUUGGAACGAUUUUCCUACAUAAACUCGGUCGUAUAUCCUUGGACCUCUAUUCCCUUGCUUGUUUACUGCACCCUUCCGGCUAUUUGUCUCCUUACUGGGAAAUUUAUUGUUCCUGAGAUUAGCAACUAUGCCGGUGUUGUAUUCAUGGCUCUCUUCGUAUCAAUUGCUGUAACUGGUAUCCUUGAGAUGCAGUGGGGUGGUGUUGGAAUCGAUGACCGGUGGAGAAAUGAGCAGUUCUGGGUGAUUGGAGGUGUUUCAUCACAUCUUUUCGCCCUCUUUCAGGGAUUACUAAAGGUUCUGGCUGGUGUCAGCACAAGCUUCACUGUGACCUCUAAAGCAGCUGAUGAUGGUGAAUUUUCUGAGCUAUACCUCUUCAAGUGGACAUCCUUGCUAAUCCCUCCCACCACCUUGUUGAUCAUAAACGUAGUUGGUGUCGUGGUUGGAGUCUCAGAUGCAAUCAAUAACGGGUACGAUUCCUGGGGCCCCUUGUUUGGGCGACUAUUUUUUGCCCUUUGGGUUAUUAUCCACCUUUAUCCCUUCCUCAAAGGUUUACUUGGAAAAGAAGACCGGAUGCCAACCAUUAUUUUGGUGUGGUCAAUCCUGCUGGCCUCUAUUUUGACUCUUAUGUGGGUCCGGAUAAACCCAUUCGUCUCGAAAGAUGGUCCUGUGUUAGAAAUUUGUGGGCUGAAUUGUGAUGACUAGGAAGAUUCAGAUAAUGAAGGAGCAUUGGCUCAUCACUCAUCUCACUUGCAACGCCUGUUGCCAAAAGGCUUGUGUUGUGAUGGUUGGAUGCUUUGAGGAUAUGUUUUCAUGAUGAAGAUUUGCUUUAUCAUGAAAGCAAUGCACAAAAUUUUGGCAUUGUAUUAGGCAAAUUAUCGUGUAGGAUGGGGCGGGGUUUUGUAGAUAUUAAGAGGGCUAGAGGCUUGGCUGACCACGUUGUUCUUUGUUUUUUACAUACUUUUAUUUUAUUAUUGAUUCUUUUAGAAUAUUUUGACUUAAAAAUUCCUGGCCAGUGUGGUGGGGUGUCUCAAAAUUUAUUCCUACUUUUUUUUUUCUUUUUGAAUCCUCGUCUCAAUUGUUAUAUUGUUUGGUAUGGACUUGG